UCAAAACAUCGCACAGAUCACACACCGCAGCCCCGGAAGAUGGGGAACUGCCUCAAGUCCCCCACUUCGGAUGACAUCUCCUUGCUUCACGAGUCUCAGUCCGACAGGGCUAGCUUUGGCGAGGGGACGGAGCCGGAUCAGGAGCCGCCGCCGCCAUAUCAGGAACAAGUUCCAGUUCCGGUCUAUCAUCCAACACCUAGCCAGACUCGCCUGGCAACUCAGCUGACUGAAGAGGAACAAAUUAGGAUAGCUCAAAGAAUAGGCCUUAUACAGCAUCUGCCUAAAGGAGUUUAUGACCCUGGAAGAGAUGGAUCAGAAAAAAAGAUCCGGGAGUGUGAGAUCUGUAUGAUGGACUUUGUUUAUGGGGACCCAAUUCGAUUUCUGCCGUGCAUGCACAUCUAUCACCUGGACUGUAUAGAUGACUGGUUGAUGAGAUCCUUCACGUGCCCCUCCUGCAUGGAGCCAGUUGAUGCAGCACUGCUUUCGUCCUACGAGACUAAUUGAGCCAGGGUCUCUCAUCUGACUUCAAGUGAACCAUCAUUUUUGGUGGUUUUGAUCUUUUGUCACUGAGCCCAAAGAGCCAGGGAUUAGGAAUUAAGAUCAUGCACAAAAGUUUCCUAAAAAUUCCUGAAUGGCUGCAGAUGUUGGGGAAAAGUAUGUGAUAUUUUAGAAACUUAGGGGGAAAAGUAGGAUGGUAUUUUUAUGUAAAGCCUUGACCCAGUGUUCAAAAAUAUAAUUGUAUUUAGAUCUUGUUAUUGCUCCAGUACAUAGGAAUUGUGUAAAGUGUUACAGCAGCUUAUAUGUUUAAAUUGUGUAUGUCGAAGAUUAGGAAAAAGAUAGUGGUUGUUUUUCCUAAAUGAAAUAACUUCUUCCCCCCACCCAAAUUCUUUUCUGAAGUUGCUGGCAUUUGGGUCAAGGUUUUAUUAAAAGCUACAUUUUAUAACACUGGCACAAAAAAAGUAGUUUUAAGCUUGUUUGCACAGUUCUUUUUUUCCAUUGGAAAUGGAAUUCAUUGCCUUAGGUCUUUUUAAAUAGUGUAUUAUUAUUGUUGGGGCUGGCUCUAUGCUUGAAAACCAGUUUAUUUAUAACCUGUUAUAAGUGCUAUAUCUGUUUGCAGUUAGGAAGUGCAGAAUUCAAAGUGAUCUCCUAGCUUGUAAGCAAACUGAGAUGCACUAUCCCUUUUCUAUUAAAAAAUGAGUUAAUGUGUCAAGAAACCAACUCUAGUAAAGUGGGGUUUAAUAUUACCCUUUCUUAUGUAUUCUAAUUAUUUUGGUUGUUCAUAUGGUGAUAAUUAAAAAGUCAAGGUAAAUUUUAAAUAUUGAGUUCUGAUUUAUUGAGCUUGAAUUAUGCCACCAUGCUUAUGUAAAAAUGAAAGUGGCACCAUGGUUAAACUGAGAAAAGUUUCUCAGUUGUAACAAUUCUGAUUUAUUCUUUCCUGUGCCCUCCUUCCCUGUUGUCUUGAACCAUAGCAAAAGGAUACUGCAUCUCUUCUUGUUGUAGUGCUGAGGUUAUUGAAAUUAUAUAAAACACAUCUCAGUCUGUUUCUUGGAAGGAAAGUCCUGCUAGUUGACUGACAGUUCUAAGCAGGAAGAAUUAAGAUAAAUGUGUUUCAUGUUUUGCACACAGAUGCAGAAUUUGUAUAACCACAUGACUUCAUAGUUGUUAUCUCAAAAAAGAAGGAAUUUCUCCUUUAUCUUUUUCUUGCAGUUAAUGUAAGAACACUCUGCAUCUCUAAGCUUCUGAAGUGUUAGAGGUAGAGAUGGUCUGGUAAAGAUGUAGUUGUAAUGUUUUAUCCAUUUAGCAUGUGUUUAUUUUUCCUUAUGUACUCGAAGGUGACAUAUUUGUUCAGCUCAGUGAUAUUACAGCUAAAAAAUCAUUCAUUAGCAAAAGGAGAAGCAAUCUCAACCUUAACAAAUCAGAAAUGUUUCUUAUUAUUUUAUAUUGAGUUGAAUAUUUGACUUUAACACUUUCUACAUACAAGACACAAGUCUCUUGAAGGGUUCUUCAUAAUUGCAUUAUAGAAGAAUUUAGUAUGUUGUAAGCACUUAAAGAUUUGACAUUCAACUAUAGGAGUAUCCAUGUUGGUUAAUUUUUUUAUUAGCCCCAUGAUGACUCUGAGAAAAAUUGAAGGAAAUUAGAUGAUCAGGUUCUGUUAAAUUGUUACAUGUACCUUGCUUAAAUUUUUGUUCAUUAAUUUAUAUCCAAUUACAUAAAGCAAAUUUGGAGGA